ACGGAUCCUUCCGCACAUCUCCCACCCUCCCUUGGUCAAACCGCACCUCCUCCUCACCUCUCUCUCUCUCUGCUUCUGUUCUCCGCCCUUUAUUUUCCCCUUCUCUCUCCAGCAUAAAACAAUUGUGCGGACGAUGAGAGAGGAAGAGGGAGAGGGAGCCGAGUAGUAAUGGCAGGGGGAACCUUCUUUUCCUGACUCCCUGCGGCUGCAGCUCAUCAUUUGUCCCUGAUCCUUGUGCUUCGUUCCUGUUGCGCUUUUCUUGGGCCAUCGGUGGACUGAGCCGUCGGGACGGGAGGGAGGAGAAGGCCACUCCACAGGCGGGGGAGAGAAGCCUCGCCAUUGGCUCUCCCCGAUCUUCUUCCUCGAAUCGCAGGCAGUCGGGUUUUACCUGUCUUGCUCCCUUCAGCCGCAAUUCUUGAUGCGUAUGGAUUAUGGUGCUUGCUCCCAACACUUGUGUUGAGCAACCAAAGCUGAGAUGGAAGGCCAUGUAGGAAUGGAGGAGGGGAAGGAUCCUAAUCCAGGCCCAUUAUCCUUGAUGCGGGGCUUCCAGACCGAAACAUUUCUGCCAGACACCGAGGUUGCCAAGGCUGGAUUUGAGAAGGAUGGCUUGUCGGUCGCCAUAAGGUCACCUCAGGAGGAAGGUCGGUCGCUGCCAAUGACCCCGCAGUUUGGCCAGAAGUCCAGUCCAGGCAUCACCCUCGCUGAGAGGAUGCAGGCAAGAGCUGGGUUCAGGGUGACAAAGCUCAGCGUGCCGUUCAGUACAGCAGUUGCAGCUGAUUCAGUGCCAGGAGCUCCAUCGCCCUACCUCACGAUCCCGCCUGGUUUGAGCCCGGCAACGCUGCUGGACUCACCAGUCUUCAUUUCCAAUGCCAUGGGCCAAGCCUCACCGACCACAGGGAAGUUAUUCAUGCUUGGAAGCACUAAUGACAAUGAUCCUAUUAGAUAUGGAGGCCCUCUACUUGGAGAUGGCCCUGAUUCAUUUUCUUUCAAGCCUUUAGAUCUGAAAUCUUCACACUACACUGCUGAAGGAAAGAAGGAAUCUUUAUGCAACAAUAAGCCUCCACUACCAAGCACGCAUGUUUCUGUCAAGACUGAAACUAAGAUUCUGCCAGUACAAGAGGCCAAUUUGCUGGGCCAACUGAACCAGCAGAAUCACAGCGGGCGGACCAAUAUGAAGAGUGGUUCUCAGGACCCCAACUCCAAGCUCAGCCGUCUUGCAACUGUCACCGGUGCAGGCAAUGAACACAUAUCAUCGCCGCACAGCCAGCCUGCAGAGGAAGGUGACACGAGGGGAGACUACCCGGCAAUGGCCACCACCACACCGGCAGAGGACGGAUACAGCUGGAGGAAGUACGGGCAGAAGCAGGUGAAGCACAGCGAGUACCCGCGGAGCUACUUCAAGUGCACGCACCCGAACUGUCAGGUCAAGAAAAAGGUGGAGCGAUCGCACGAGGGGCACAUCACAGAGAUCAUCUACAAGGGCACGCACAACCACCCGAAGCCCGCGCAGAGCCGCCGGCCGGGCGUCCCGCCCGUGCACCCCUUUGGCGAGGGCGCGCAAGCGGACACGCCCGACAACCCAGGGUCGCAUACAAACACGGCGGAAGCAAGGCAGGCGUGGCAUAACAAUGCCGGUGUUAAGGACCUGCACAGCGACGGCAUGAACGCGACAUCACCCCCUUCGGUUCCCGGUGAGCUCUGUGACUCGUCAGCGUCAAUGCAGAUCCAUGACGCCGGUGGUGUGGAUGUGACCUCUGCGGUGUCCGAUGAGGUGGAUGGGGAAGACAGGGUGACUCAUGGCAGUAUGUCCCAGGGCGAUGCUGACGCCGAGGGCGACGAACUGGAAUCCAAGCGAAGGAAGCUGGAGUCUUAUGCCAUUGAUAUGAGCACUGCGUCCAGAGCUGUUCGCGAGCCCCGAGUGGUGAUCCAGACGACGAGCGAGGUGGACAUCCUCGAUGACGGCUACCGCUGGCGCAAGUACGGGCAGAAGGUCGUCAAAGGCAACCCAAAUCCAAGGAGCUACUACAAGUGCACGCACCCGGGUUGCUCCGUGCGGAAGCACGUGGAGCGCGCGUCGCACGACCUCAAGUCCGUGAUCACCACGUACGAGGGCAAGCACAACCACGAGGUCCCGGCCGCCAGGAACAGCGGCCACCCGAGCACGGCAACGGCGACGGCCGCGGCCGCCGCGCGCAGGCCGGAGCACCCCUCGGUGCACGACGGCCUGAUGAGGCACCUGGGCGGCUGCGGCGCGCCGUUCGGCCUGCCGCCGCCGCCCCGGGACCCGCUGGCGCCGAUGGUCAACUACCCGACGUACGCCUCCGCCGCCGGCCUCGGCGGCAGCGGCCCCACGUCGCUGCCGAGCCUGCCGAUGCCCGGGGGCCCCCUCGGGCCGGUGGAGGGGCUGAAGCUGCCCAUGCUGGCGCCGUCGUCGCUGCACCAGCACCCGCUGCUGAGGCACCGGCAGGCGAUGCAGGCCGCCGGGCUCGUGCCGCCCAAGGCGGACGUGAAGGUCGAGGGCAGCGGCGCACCGCCGCCGUCGGUGUACCAGCUGAUGCGCAGCGGGCUGCCGCUGGGCCACCAGAUGUAGAUAAUAAAGUGAGAGAGAGGAGGAUCAGAGAGCAUGGACGUGAUUCUCAAGUUAGCAGCUUACCAGUCGAAUUAGAAUUAGUUCGUGAUAAGUAUUACAGCGUGGAAACAAGCACCAUCGUCGCUUCUUGCUUCCGUUUUUUUUUCUUUCACCUUUUUUGUUUCCAGCAAUUUUUUACCGCUUCUGUUCA